UGCUGCUCGCUGCCGGUUCCAGUCUCCUCCUCGCCGCCGCCGCCGCCGCCGAGCUGUUGCGAGCGAGUUGGGCUCCUCCGGUGGGGUUUACCCCGUCCCCGCCUGCUCCUUCCCCCUGCCUGCGAGUCAGCCUGGCUCCGAAUCACGUGGCAAUUGCCUGAGGCAGAGACUAAAGAGGAAAAAAAAGCGCCUCAUUCCUUCUUCCACCGCCAUACUGUAUUUUGUAGUAACUCGCAUUUUUAUUCCUUCCUUUUACUCCCGCUCGUGGAAGGUUUUCCUGGAGAAUGAAGUGCGGUUUGGUUUCCUUGUCAACGGAAGAUGAAGUGAACAACUGAACAUCUCCCCAGUGCAGGGGUGAAGUCAAGUGGCCAACCAUGACCGGCAAAACACAGACCAGUAAUGUCACCAAUAAGAAUGACCCCAAAUCCAUCAACUCCAGAGUCUUCAUUGGCAAUCUCAAUACAGCCAUUGUCAAAAAGGGUGACAUAGAGGCGAUCUUUGCCAAGUACGGAAAAAUAGUCGGCUGCUCUGUGCACAAGGGUUAUGCAUUUGUACAGUACAUGAGUGAGAGGCAUGCAAGGGCUGCUGUGGCAGGAGAGAAUGCCAGGAUCAUUGCAGGACAACCACUUGACAUCAACAUGGCAGGAGAGCCUAAACCAUACAGACCUAAGCCAGGAAACAAGCGGCCACUUUCAGCUCUCUACAGACUUGAAUCAAAGGAGCCUUUCCUGUCUGUUGGUGGCUAUGUCUUUGAUUAUGAUUACUACAGAGAUGAUUUCUACAAUCGGUUGUUUGAUUACCAUAGCCGUGUCCCUGCACCACCCCGUGCAGUGAUUCCAUUGAAACGCCCACGGGUGACAGUCACAGCAACUCGCAGGGGAAAGGGGGUGUUUUCCAUGAAAGGAGGAUCAAGAUCUACAUCAAGUGGAACUUCUUCAUCUGGAUCAAAGUUGAAAUCAGAUGAGUUGCAAACAAUCAAGAAGGAAUUAACUCAAAUCAAAACAAAAAUUGACUCUUUGCUAGGGAGACUGGAGAAGAUUGAAAAGCAGCAGAAAACUGAAGCAGAAGCCCAAAAGAAACAAAUAGAGGACAGUGCAGAGUUGAUGCAAGAAGAAUGCAUAUCAGAGAAUGCUGACAACUCUACAGAAGAGCCUAUUGAAGGUGGGCUCGAUGGAGAUGGAGAGGAGAUGACUGAUGGAAUAGAAGAGGAUUUUGAUGAAGAUGGAAGUAAUGAGCUGUUUCUACAGAUCAAAUGAACUGGGAAUCACAUUCAGCUGUUUCAGAAACCAAGAAGAUAAUUCACUGGCUUCCCGUUGUGGAAAGGUGAACUGUUGGCUAACAAUACCUUUGACUCAAUUUUUAUGAAGAACUGAGUUUACUUCUUGAAAUGGACGUGCCAUUUGAAACUUAGAAUACCAUUUCUUAUAUGUUCUAAAGCUGUACAAUUGUCAGAUUUUUAUCGUUUAGAUUGUAAAUGUGUUUUUUCCUGGCUAAUUAUUAGUAUUAUUAUUUUUAUUUUAAUGUCAGAAAGCCAAUGACUUGUAUAAUAACAUGAAAGACAUAUUUAAAAUGAAGGAGACACUGUAUACAAAUGUAUAUUUGUAAAAGCUAUUUUUAUGAUUAGCAUGUUUUAUGGUUCAUCAUAUUUCAAGUCAGGUGAUAUUGCACUUAAAUGUUUACAGCAUACUGAAAUGAGAUCAUCAAAGAUUUAUGAGCCAAUAUGUUGAAUAGUAUUUUAAUUAUGUUUAUUUAUUUAUAUUUCUAUUUUAAAGUGAAUACUUUUAUUAGAAGAGUCAUGAUGGAGGGCAAAGUAAUAUUCCUGGCUGGAUUUUUUUUAGUGCAUUAUUACACAUUAGUAGAUAUAACUUGCAUAUGCUAGAUCUGUGCAUAAUACAUAUCCCAUUGA